CUCCACUCGGGCUCAGCUACUCAAUCUCUCUGAUCUGUUUGUUUAAAACAAAUGGAAGAUACAUGUAAGGAUUGUAGGAACUGGGAAGAGGAAAUCUUUUGGACCCAUUUUCAGUCCAUUCAUUUCUCCCAAUUUCUCCAUGCUGAUUUUCUUCACCGCUUGGAAAUACCAGAAAAGUUUGCUAUGAUUGUCAAGGGAAAGCUUCCAGAAACUGUGACUCUUAAAGGUCAAAGUGGUGGUGUCAUAUGGGAUGUAGGACUGACAGAAGAUGAUGGUACCUUGUUCUUCAAUGAUGGAUGGAAAACUUUUGUAGAACACCAAUCAUUGAUCGAGAAUGACUUUCUGAUCUUCAGAUACAAUGGAGUGUCCCGUUUUGAUGUUCUGAUGUUUGAUGGGGAGAGCUUGUGUGAGAAAGCAUCUUCUUAUUUUGUUAGGAAGUGUAUGCAUUCGGAAUCUGAAUGUGGACACCAAACGAAAAGGAAGUUCAGUGAAAAUCCUCAAGAAAUUGUGAACAACUCUUCACAGUGUGGCCUUGAAAGCAGUCUGGAGAAAUCGACUAACAAUGACAUCAACACGAGGCAAUCAACGAAAGCUAUUGAGUCCGUGGCUGGUAAUAAGAGAAAGAAGAUCCGAAAUUUGGAUUCUGGUACUCGGGGCCUUGGAGGCAAAGAACUUUCUACUUUUCCUUGUAAAGUGAAGGUCGAAAGACUUGAAACUGGUAGGAGCACCUUAAAGACUUAUUCUGAACAUAUUAUGGUCACUCCCUAUGCAUCCCAUGGUUAA